AUGAAUUUUCCGGAGAAACGUAUGAAAGAAGCAGUAGAUGCAUUAAUUGAUGAUAUCGAUAAGAGUUAUUUGAGAGAAAUACAUAAGAAAAUGUUCAUUUGCUCUUCGAAUUGCUACGAUAGAAGUGUGAAUCGAGAUGUUGUGGAGACUUGUGUUGAAGGGUGCAGUAAACCUAUCAACAAUGCAACUAGUAUUUUGCAAAAAGAACUUGAUGAUUUACAGGCACAGUUGAAUCGUUGUGGAAUGACAUGUUUUGAUAAAGCAACGCAGAAAUUUGGUCCAGAUCCCGCAAAGUAUACUGAAAUACAAAGCAAGAAAUUUGAUGAACAACUUUUAAAUUGUGCAUGUUCUUGUGUCGACGAUCACAUCAAACUACUGCCGAAUAUCCGGAAACGAGUAAUUGAUUCCUAUCAAAGAUUUCUGAAGUGA